UUUUUUUUUUUGAAGAAAGUAAAAUCUUAUUUAAUAAAAGUACGAAUUGAAAUCUUAUGUGGCAAGAAUUAGGGUCGAAGACAGAAAGGAAGAAAUAAUAAAAAAUAGUGAAGAGAGAGAGAGAGAGAAAAGAGUAAGAAGAAGAAGAGGAAGCCAUAGCCGUUUCUGUUGUUGGGGUUUUAUGUUUUAAACACUCCAAACCCUCCUUUUCACUUCACACCAAUUACGCCUUCAUCUAUACAUAUUCACAGCUAUAUAUAACGACUCUGAGUCUCUAGUUUCCAAAAUCUUUAGCGAUUUUGGGUAAACCAUGGCUCAUGGAGGCUACGCCAACCGCAGGGCCAAACCCCCGGGGCGUCGAUCCAAGUCUUUGGCCGCUGAGAAAAAGAAACCUAAGCCCGUCUCUCUCAAGAACCAGAUUCGCUCCGUUGAGCGCAUGCUUCGUAAGGAUCUUCCGGUGGAAGUUAGGGAAGCUCAGCAAAAGAAGUUAGAAGGGCUCAGAAAACAACAGGAAAUUCAUUCUCGCCUUGCUAUUGAACGAAAAAUAUUCUUGAGGGACAGGAAAAUAAAGUUUUUUGAGAGAAGAAAGAUAGAAAGAAGAAUAAGGCGUUUAGAGAAACUCCAACGUGCUUCAUCUGGUCAAGCACAAGAUGCAGAAACUGCUGAGCAGCUUUCUAAAUUGAAAGAAGAUCUUGAAUAUGUUCGGUUCUUUCCAAAGACUGAGAAGUAUGUCGCACUGUUUAUUGGAAGUGAUGACACAGAACUGAUUGCUAAAAGAAAUAGGCUGCGUGAGCUAAUUAAAGCCAAUUUAGUUGCUGCUGCAGCUAGUGGAAAGGAUUUAGAAGAAACUGGGAGCGAGGAUGAUGGGCUAUUGGAUAUGAGUGAAGAUGAUUUCUUUCUAGCUGGAAGCUCUAGUGACGAAGCAGAUGCAGAUGAUGAAUGGACAGAUAAAAGUACAAGGGAGCAGGCUUCUAGUGCUUCCGGAAAAGCAGCAUCUGCAUCUGCAUCUGGCAUGUCUAGUGAUGAAAGAAAGGCUUCUAGUGCUUCUGGAAAAGCAGCAUCUGCGUCUGGUGUGUCUAGCGAUGAAAGAAAUUAUCAGAGACAUAUCUCCGCAAGAGCCUUAAUGCCUCCUCCACGACCAUCGACUAAGUCUUUCUCAAACGAAGUUCGUGGCAAGUCAAAAUUUGCUCCUUCUUCUAGCAGAAAUUUCUCUACACAUAGGGGUGACGUUUCUACAUCCACUGCUACUUCAAAUAGCCUAAGCGGGUCCUCCUUCAAGUCUAGGGGAUCCUCAAACUCUGGAACAACUCAAGGAAGCAAUUUAAGCUCCAACUCAGAUGCUUACAAACCUCGAAGAAAGAGGAGGCCAAAGAAGAAGAAGCAGCAGGGAUGAUAUAACCGGAAUCCGGAUGCCCAUCUUGUGAAACCAGAGAUCUUUAUGCCCCAUUUUACAAUUCAAUUUUAACAAUUCACAUUGUGUUAAAUUAAUUUAUUGGGUAACAAUCAGGAAUGUAUGCUUAUAUUGCUCUUGUAGUGACUGAAAAAAAUCAAUUUAUUUUCACACCUACAAAUAGAAUUGACAUCUGUAAUUAUGCAAGGUAUGCCAAAUCAUGUAAGAAUCCUACCUGGGAUUAAACUUGGUGCUGCUAGUAUAAUAUGAUAUUGUGUAAUAUACAGCAUAUUUCAUUUUUUUUUUCGAGAAGUGUAAUUUAUAUUCAAAAA